AUGAGUUUCCUUGACUCUAUCCUCUCGUCUAUCCAGACGGGUAAACCCUCUCAACCUCCAUUGUCCCAGGCACCUGCCUCGCCUGUCCCUGCAGCGGUGCCCAAGAAGGAGGAACGAAAGCCGCCAGUUGUACGCCAAGUACCCCCGACCAGCGGAAAUGUUGGAGGAACAAAGAGAAAGGCCGAGGACCCGCUACCCCACCCAUCCAAACCCGAGACCAAGAUGCCAACUCGACCUGUCGUCGCGAAGUCCCUCGCCCCCGUGAAGCCAACUGUUUCCCCCGCUCCCAGAGCUGUGCCCCGGCCCGUUUCAAAUACCAACUCUCGACCAGUGCCAUCGAAGCCAGCUUUGUCGAAACCUCCAUCUAAGAGCAACGCAUCUAGUGCGACAAAGGCAGCCCCGCCCUCUAAAGUGGCCGCCAAGCCAGCCCCGGCUGCUGCCCCCGUGCCAUCGAAACCGCCACCCAAAGGAUCAUUUGCGGCUAUCAUGGCGCAGGCCAAGGCUGCCCAGGAUAAAGCGCCUGUCCAGGUUGGUAUGUUCAAGCAUCAGGCCGGUCCCAAAGAGCGACUCAGCAAAGUUGAGCGCAAACGACGACAGGAGGAGGAACUGGCCAAAGAAAAAGAAGCACGUUCAGGCAAAAAGCCUGCUCCUGGCUCUGGGGGCUCUGCCAAAGACAAAAUUGGUCGAAAACGCGACACAGAGGGACCCUCAUACAAGGGCACCGCCAAGCCAACGCAAACUCCUGAGCCUCCUUCAUACCGCGGCACCGCGGGCUUGCCCUCCAACCGUGGCUCGCACGACCGCCGACAUCAAUCUCGAAACUCCCGGCAGAAUGAAUACCUCGGUACUGACGAGGAGGACGAGGGUGACUACGGUGGCUACGGUGGCUACGAUGAUUACUACUCAGAUGCAUCCUCCGAUAUGGAAGCUGGAAUGGACGAUGUGGACCGCGAAGAAGCGGCUGCGUUGAAAUACGCGAAGCGUGAAGACGAAGAAGAGCUCCGGCAAGAAAUGGCUGCUAAGAAAGAGAAACUCGAGCGCCAGCGUAAAUUGGCCGCUCUUGCUUCUCGAAAACGCUGA